AUGAAAGGGCUACCUGUGGAUACACAAAUAGAUUUUGAAGAAGGUCUUCUUACAACAACUCCACAUAACAGCCUCAACAAAUGGAGCAACCUAGACUUAACUGAUCCAUCCAUAUCACAUAGAAAAAUUAUAAGGAGAUGGAAUCGUCUGUCCCGCCUUCAAAGAUCAUUAGUGUAUGCCUUAUUUAUAAUAACUGGAGCUCUCUUAGUAUUACUUUAUACAUCAAAAGUGGGGGCUUCGGAUGUAAACAAGGACAAUGCAAUUAAUGCAGUACAGGAUACCCUGCAUAAUGCUUCUCUAGUCAAUGAACAAGCACUAGCUGCAGUUAUUGAAACUAAAAAGACUGUUCAAAGUGAACCAAAUGACAGGCCAACAUUUACAGGGCCAACAAAUGCUCGUCAGUAUGCUGUUGUUGAGAGUUUCAAGCAUGCAUGGCGAGGGUACAAAGAGCAUGCAUGGGGACAUGAUAACUUAAAACCUAUUUCAGGAAUGGCCUAUGACUGGUUUUCACUGGGUCUUACUAUUGUUGAUGCGUUAGAUACAGCAUAUAUUAUGGGAUUGACUGAUGAAUACGAAGAGGGCAGAAAAUGGAUUAAAGAGGAGCUGAUAUUUACGAAAAAUAAAGACGUGAAUUUCUUCGAGGUCACGAUACGUGUUCUCGGCGCUCUGCUCUCUAAUUACCACUUCACACAGGAUGCUAUGUUCCUCAACAAGGCCAAAGACUUGGGCGAUCGUCUCAUGUCGGCAUUUUCCUCUCCGUCUGGUAUUCCGUACUCCGAUGUAAAUUUGGGUACAAGAACUGCCCACGCGCCGGAGUGGUCGCAUUACAGCACAACGGCGGAGGUCACCACUGUGCAACUGGAGUUUCGAGAACUUUCUAGGGCUACUAACAAUCCCACUUAUGAGGAUGCAGCGGCCGCUGUAUCGGAGAAGCUACACCAGUUGCCUAAGAAGCACGGGCUUGUGCCUAUAUUCAUCAAUCCGAACACUGGCCAAUUUCUACCGCACGCCACUAUAACGCUAGGAGCGAGGGGAGACAGUUAUUACGAAUAUCUGCUCAAGCAAUGGCUGCAGACUGGGAAGACUAUCAAUUAUUUAUUGGACGACUACAUGACGGCUAUCGAGGGUGUUCGUGAAUUCUUAGCGAAGCGAUCGUCGCCAAACAAGUAUUUGUUUAUAGGGGAAUUAUCUGCUGGCUCAGAGGCUUUCAAUCCGAAGAUGGACCACUUGACUUGUUUUCUACCGGGCACUCUGGCUCUCGGCCAUGCGAAUGGUCUUCCAGAUUGGCACAUGUCUAUGGCCGAAGAGUUACUCUAUACGUGUUAUUUAACCUAUGCAGCCCACCCGACAUUUUUGGCACCUGAAAUUACUCACUUUAACUUGGCAAGUACAACAGAUGACAUGUAUACGAAGACGGCCGACGCUCACAGCCUCUUACGUCCCGAAUUUGUGGAGAGUCUCUGGUAUAUGUACCAAAUUACUGGCAACACCACAUAUCAGGACUGGGGAUGGCAGAUAUAUCAGGGUUUCGAAAAGUAUGCAAAAGUGACAAAUGGUUACUCAUCCUUGGCCAAUGUGAAGUCAGAGAAGCCAGUCCACCGCGACAUGAUGGAAUCUUUCUUCCUCUCGGAAACUCUCAAGUAUUUGUAUUUACUUUUUAGCGACGACAGGCUCAUCAUAGAUUUGAAUAAAUUUGUAAUCAACUCUGAGGCCCAUGCUCUGCCCGUACAUAAAAACUAA